AAUGUAAAAUUAGUAUGAAUUGGCAGUAAGUAGAGCAAUCGAUGAGGAAGAGAGGAUAAAUUAUUGGUAAGUUAGAAAUUAAUAAGUUAGGCGUGAACAAAGCUAAUUUGUUGAUUGGAUAAAAAAACCUGAAGAAAUAUUGAGAAAGAGAGAUGAAUAUUUUUAUGAUUGGUUUAGAGAUGGGAAAUUAAAUUUUUGUUAUAAUGCUUUGGAUCGUCAUUUAGAAGAAAGAGGAGAUUAAGUGGCUUUAUAUUGGGAAAGUAAUAUGGUAAAUAGAAGCUUGAAAUACACAUUGAAAGAAUUACAUGAUAAUGUUUCUCGGUUAAGCGGUGUUUAUCGUCAAUUUGGUAAACACUAAUAAUCAAUAGCCAAAAGGAGUAUCAAAAGGAGAUAGAGUAAUAAUUUACAUGCCAAUGAUUCCUGAAGCAGUAUUUGCUAUGUUAGCUUGUUCAAGAAUAGGAGCAAUACAUUCAGUAGUUUUUGGAGGAUUUUCAGCGUUAGAAUUAAGUGGUAGAAUAAAAGACUGUAAGCCAACAUUAAUAAUAACGGCAUCUUGUGGUUUAGAAGUAAACAAGGUAGUAGAUUAUAAAUUGAUGUUGGACGAGGCUAUUUAGAUAGCAGAUCAUUAACCUAUUUGUUUAAUAGUAUAAAGACCAACUAAACAAUGCAGUAUGGUAAUAGGCAGAGACUUCGAUUAUUACACAGCAAUGAAGUUUGCAAAUCCUGUUGAUUGCAUUGAAGUAGAUAGUACUCAUCCAUUAUAUAUUCUUUAUACUUCUGGUACUACUGGAUAACCAAAAGGGUAAUCAUAUCAAAAUAAUAUUAUAGUAUCUAAAGGGAUACUGGAGGUACUUGUGUAGCAUUAUUGUGGACAAUGAGACAUAUUUUGGGGUUAAAGAAAGGAGAUGUUUACUUCUCUAUGGCAGAUAUAGGAUGGGUUACUGGACAUUCAUUCACAGUUUAUGGUCCACUUUUAUAGGGCUGCUCUAUUGUUUUAUAUGAAGGAAAGCCUGUUUAGACUCCUGAUCCAGGUGCUAUUUGGAGAAUUAUUGAAAAACAUAAAGUUGUUGGAUUUUACACUGCUCCGACGGCUUUAAGAGCAAUGAGAAAAGAGGAUCCUAAUGGAGAUUGGAUAAGAAAAUAUAACAUUUCUAGUUUGAAAAGCAUUUCAAUGGCUGGUGAAAGAUGUGAUAUCCCCACUUAUAAUUGGAUACACAAUAAUACAGGAGUGUUAAUAAAUGAUCAUUAUUGGUAAACUGAAACUGGAUGGAUUAUAUCUUGUAAUUUCAUGGAUCUUCACACAUUCCCAUCAAAACCUGGAAGUGCUACAAAACCAUCUCCUGGCUUUGUUAUCAAAAUUAUGGAUAAUGAAAACAAAGAAGUUUCAAAUGGAUAAAUGGGAAGAAUUUGUAUCAAAUUACCCAUGCCACCAAGUUUUAUGUAGACUCUUUACAAUAAUGAUCAAGCAUUUAUUCUUAAGUAUCUUUCUGAUACACCUGGAUAUUAUACUGCUGGCGAUGCUGGCUUUUUUGAUUAAGAUGGAUAUCUUCAUAUCAUGACUAGAAUUGAUGAUAUUAUCAAUACUGCAGGACAUAGAUUAAGUACUGCUGCAAUGGAAGAAGUUCUCUUAAAACAUUAGGAUAUUGUUGAAGCUGCUGUUGUUGCUAAAAUUGAUGAUCUUAGAGGAGAAAUACCUGUUGGACUUAUUGUCAUCAAAUAAGAUGUUGAAGUUCAUCCACCUACUCUAGAAAAACAACUUAUCUCUAUGAUUAGGCACGAUAUUGGACCAUUAGCUUGCUUCUAAAGUGCCAUCAUUGUAGAUAAAUUACCCAAAACCAGAAGUGGCAAAGUUCUUAGAGGCACUCUUAAAGCCAUUGUUAAUGGAUUAUAAUACAAAGUAUCAUUCAUUUUUUUAUAUUUUAGAUGCCUGCUACCAUAGAAGAUGACACUGUCCUCGAUAAAAUCAAAAUCAAUUGUCUCAAUUAUGGAAAAGGAAUUGGAUAAUAUUGUAAUUUAGACUUCGGAAAUUAAGACAUCUUUGUAGAAGAGUGAUAUUAUUU